ACUUCCCCGUCUCUGCACAACGCGCGCUGUCCACCUCAAUUCCGGGAAGAUGAGAAAUCUACGGCCAACCGUCUGCGUUUUGCUCUGUUUGAGCAUAGUAUUUUUCCCUCGGUCGGAAGCUAGUCGACUGAAAGGGAAACACACGUACCCGAUAGCAGAAGACCAGGCAGAAGCGUCGGAGGCUUCGGAUGAGGGUCUCGUAGCCGACAAAGACAGAGCCGCGGCACAACCGUACUCUGUGGAGUCAAUGGAUGGUGUUCAAAACACAUAUUCGCAUGGUUUAGACGACCACCAUAUAGAGCCUGUUUCGGGGGACGACGAUAUGCUGUUGGCACCAGAGUCACUGCCCGAGGGCAUGGGUGCCGAGGUCGAGAAGAUCGAACAGGUUAAAGCCGAUGAAGAAGCCGAAACACCCGCACCUAAUGAACGAACAGCAGAAUAUAACGCAACAGACGAGGAAAAAGCUGCUGCGGUGGAGACAGUUGCACUGUCAGGCCCAGACGAAGCUGCGCCUGAAGCUGCAGCGCCUGACGCUGCGUCCCCCUCAGCGGGAAAUGGAGUGAAUAUUGUCAACAACAACUGCUGCGGGUCCUUCAGACAACUCAGCCAUAGCAACGGGAAGAUAGGACUGCAUUUACAGGCGAAAGGGCGAUUUGCUCAGGAAGACGGUGACGACGCUGAAGACGAAGCCGAGGGCAGCGAAGAUGAAGAGGAGGAGAGGGAAGCCGAUAUUGACGAUGCAGAAGAGGAGUACCUAGAGAGAAAACAGGAGGUUGCGGAGAACAAUCCAAGGGAAAUGAAAAAGCCUCUAUCUCCCGAGGAGGGUAGAAAGAUGCUGAUGACUUAUGUAGAGUCGUUAGAAAGUGUGGUGAACUCCAUAGUGAGCACCCACUCCGGCGUUCGAGAUAUGCUAGGUACGGAGAGCCGAAAGGAGAAGUAGACUGGUGAUGCUGUCGCCGCUUCCGUGUUGGAGAGUAACCUCGACUCAGGGGUGUGCGUGCGGAUAACGUGACGCUGCCGCAAGCCACGCUUCGAUUUGGAGCGGAUGUUGUGACUUCUUUUUUCCUCGCACUGGAGAGCCAUGUCCUUGACUGAAUGCUACACUGUGCUUCGGCAUCCGUUGACGUACUCAUUGACUAUG